CGAUCUUAAAUAUAAGAAUGGACUAUGAAUACCGCCCAUAGAAGCAAGAAGGAAAGCGGUUCCGUGCCAUAAAAAGAAGUUGAAAAUCUGUGAGACCACGUUGCACUGUCGUUCUUAAUUUUCUACUGUUGCGUGUAACUGAUUAAAUUUGAAGUAUAGAAUUGAUAAACUUGAAUAUAUUUGUGUGGUUCAAUUUCUAAAAAAAUGAGUUUUAAUAAAACCAAGGAAGUCAUAGAAGAGGGAGACGUUGUUAUUUUAUAUCUCAAUCCAAACAACAUGCAUCCUUUGGAAGUUAAAGCAAAAAUUUUUAGCAAGAAGGGAGAAUUCGUAGAUAAUGUAUUCCAAACUAUGUAUGGCGCGUUGAAGGUCAUUUCGCUGGUCGGACAAAGAUACGGAUCAAAAGUGGAGUUAACCAGAGGUUAUGCCUAUGUUUUGCAACCAACACCUGAACUUUGGACAAUGAUAUUACCCCAUAGGACACAGAUCAUUUACAGUCCAGAUAUAAGUCUCAUUAUACAUCUAAUGGAACUUAAACCAGGCAGCAUAAUUAUCGAAACAGGUACAGGUAGUGGCUCACUAUCACAUUCUCUAAUACGAGUAGUACGUCCAAAUGGUCAUUUAUAUACUUUUGAUUUUCAUGAGCAGCGUGUAUCUAUUGCUAGCGCAGAAUUUGAUAGACAUGGCCUAAGUGAGUUUGUAACUUUGAAAAAAAGGGAUGUUUGCUUAGAAGGAUUUGGAGAAGAACUGAAGCACAAAGUUGAUGCAAUCUUUCUGGAUCUUCCGCAUCCAUGGUUAACCAUAGAACAUGCUACUGUUGCUUUAAAACGAACAGGUGGAAAACUUUGUUCUUUUUCUCCUUGCAUCGAGCAGGUUCAACGCACCUGUGCAAAUCUUAUUUGUAAAGGAUUCGUAGAAUUAAAUACAUAUGAAUGUUUGCAAAAAGAAAUGAAUGUUCAAUACAGAUCAUUGCCAAUAUUAGAUUUUGAGUGUUUGAAAUACAAGCACACAAAUGAGGACAUGACUCAAAAAAAUGAAAAAAGACAAAGGGAACAAGAAGAAAAACUUCUUACAAUCAGUCACGCUCAGUCAUUACCUGGUCAUACAGGCUUUAUUACAAUCGCCACUCUUCCUCCUUAACAUUAAUAUGAAAAUAUAAAGGAAUUAUUAAGCAUAUAAAGAAUCAAAUCAAGAUAAGCAAAUAAUUGAUGAAAUAUAAAACUAGAACACGUGAUAAGCAUUAAGUAGCAGAUAAAUAGAAUUUAUGAGAUUCACUAUCAUUCAAAAUUUCAGAAUUUUAAAGCUACAGAGAAUUGUUUAUUUUUAAAGUUGAAUAUUUUUUCUAAGAUUACUAUUGUAAUAGAUUUUUAGAAAACAUGUAUCGUCACCUGAAAUAAAUAUUAAAGUAAUGAAAUAAACAGAGAGAACAAUGCAAUUAUAAAAUAUGAAAAAAUUGUCACUCACAUUUUUUAUUCGUUUGUUAGAUAUUUUAUGUAUCCGUCUUGCUCGGAUUCCAACUAAGAUAAUCGAGUCGAGUUGCAGCCUGGUAUUCUUUUACUAAAUAUUCUACGACUUCCCGCGAAUUAUCCAAUUCGUCAAGAUUAUCUUCAAACAUUUUUUCUUUGCGAAAUUGUUCCAGAAACGCUUCUCGCUUACGCAACUUGUCGUAUUGUUGUAAGGCUCUGUCAAAAAGCUAAAAAAAUUUUUUGUUUAUUAGCAUUAACAAUAAGUUUCAAUCAAUAUUGCAAAUCACAUAUUGCGAUCUAUUUUAAUAGCUAUUGAAUGGCCAUGAAAUACUCACUGACGAUAUAUUAGUAUGAUUAGCUAACAUCAAACCAGAAACGCGAUGUGUACUUUGUAUAUAAGGAGAUUUUCUUGAAAGAGCUACUUGUAUACUAGCUGGACCCCAAGGAAUAAACUGUGCAAGUUUCCGUUCUCUAA